AUGAGCGCGACGCUGGAGUCGGGGCAAACACCUCCGCUCGACCACGAGGCUGAUGCGGACGACGAUGUGCAACAACAGCUGCUGAAUGAUGCGCAAGUCAGCCACGAUGAAACGAGGGACGAACGUGACACAAUUGCGACACACCACACCACGAACGGAGUGUCCGCUAAUGACGUCGACGUCGACGCGAUCAAAGUCGAGGAUGUGUUGGGCACGCAGGAGCACGUGGACGAUGCAAAUGAGACUACCACGACCUUGCGACCGGCGCCCCCGCCAAGCAAUAAGAGGAGGGAGUCGGAGACAGUGGACGGACUCGUGACGAGCGGCAGUGAGCGGCCAAGCAAGAAACGCAAGCGCGCCGUAUCGCCUCCUUGGCAGUUUGGCACAGUACAGAGCAGUACGAUCAAGGGCGCAGAUGGCCGACGCAUCUCUGCAAGACAUACCACGAGCACACCGGGGCUGAGUGAGUCUGACGGACCCGGUCGUAGUACCAGUCUGUCGCUUGGCCGGUCUCGGCCACCCAGUCCGCCAUGGAAGAAAUUCGAGGCCGAGGGUCCGAGUUCCGUUCAGGUUGAUGGCAUGCGUAAGAGCGGUCGCGUGAACAAGGAGGUGGUGCAGGGCCCGACGCGCACGAGUCCGAGGCAAAAGAAGCAGAUUGAAUGGUUGGAGGAGGAGGUCAGGGUCAAGGCAAGGCCUGUGUCGCGUGGGAAAGCGGUAUCGAAGGACUUGGAGAACGCUGGCAUGGACAAGUCGGCCAAAGGGCGGAGAUCGCUGAGCCCAGCCAGCAGAAUAGCUGAUCUACAGGCCCAGAUCGCUGCACUCCAGCCCACACCCUCCGUACUGUCCUCGCCGGAAAUCGAGCGCAAGCCGAAGACUACUUCACACAAGCGCAAAAGAAGCGAUGAUGUCAAGCCACGAGAGACCGGACCAUUAACACCCACUGCCCAACGCAAGCCCGGCAGACCGCGGAAAGACACUGCGCUAGAUGCGCUCUCACGCCCUACUCCUCGUCUCAAGCUGAGGUUCAACGCUAGCAGACAGCUCAUACCGGUGCCUCAUCCGCUGGCUCAGACUUCGCCUCCUGCUUUGCCCCCAAAGCUGAGUUUGCAUCAAGUUAUUGAGCCAUUCGAGCUUCAGGAACUGCAGCAACCAUAUAUGGAUAAAGACUCAGGCCCACCAGAUGCCGACGAGCUCCGAUCACGACAUGAGAAAGCCGCGAUCCUGGAGGCUGGAUCGAGGAGAAAAAUACUGCAGGCUGCUCAACCUGGCGGCGUUCUUAGCCGUCAAGUGUGCUCGCUCUUCCACGACGAGCAGCAAUCGGAACCUACGAAGCAGUACGGUCAUGUUGAUCAUCUUGCCACUCAAGUCCUGUACUUCCGCUCCUUACAGCAACGAGAGAAAAAUCAACAUCGGGCUCUGGCCAAGAAGGUCGCAUACGAAGCGCUCGAGCAGUGGAAGUACAGACGCGGUCCUACUGAGGAGGAUGUCAUGGCGGAACAGAAUCGUACGCUUCACCUGAUCUACAAGCAGGUUGUUCUGGAUGUGAGGGGCAAAUGGGAGAUGGUUGCCGCACAUGUGGAGAUGUUGAGGAAGCAGAGAUGGGAAAACGAAGAGGCUGCGAGGAGGCAAGAAAGGUUAGAGAAGCAGCUGGCCACUGCGACGGCCAUGAUAGCUCGGCAGCGCGGUGAUGACGAUGGUAGUGGGGAGGAUAUGGGAGACUUUGAGGAUGAUGAUGAUGCAGAGGAUAGUGGUGAGGGCGAGGAUGAUGAGGAGAGCUUGGAAGAGAACAUGAGCGAUGAGGAUGAAGUUGAGGAGGCUGAUGGAUUGGAUGAUGGUGGCGAACUGACAGGAGAGGAUCUAGCAGCUUACAUUAAAGCGACCAAGACAGAUCCGCCUGACAAGGAUGAAUCGACCACCCGUUCUCUGGCCGAAAAAGAUAUUGACGUGCUGGUCGAUGCCCAGGGCUUUGGCAAAACCGUCGAUUUGUCUGACCCUCGGGACCUUCAGAAUACGAUUACACAGCCCUCGACUGCCGCCGCUGCCGCUCGUGAUCAUGUCGUGAACAGUGCUGUCGUGAACCGUGAGAGAACCACUGACGCUCGUGAAUUCGACAGGACAAGCCACAAUUCCAGAUGUGGAAAUGAUGCAGACGACGAGGAGGCUCAGUACAUCAAUGCCCUGGGCAAGAAGGCACCGCAUAGCAAGGAUCAAGAAGCGACGAAGGCAGCAAGAAACGAGUCGAGCCCAAGAAUCAAGUCCCGAAGGCAGACAGGCAACAGUCUUGUAUCCGACAUCGACACCCAGGACGAAGACGCCGGGCUCAACCUCUCCGAUGACGAGUCAGAAGACAUGUACGACUCUGACGACGACAUGAGCAGCAGCGAGGAUGGAAAUGAAGAAGGCAGCGAGUCCGCGGAGACCGAAAGCGAAGACGGAGACGCUAUCCAGAGCUCCUCACUUGCUUUGUUGUUUGGGAACAAGCAGAUGAAGGAAAUCACUCUUGGCUUGCCUACGCCCACCACUAGUGCUGAGGGCGAUAUGCGUGAUCAGACUGCCGAGCCUGUUUCUGACGACAAUGACGUGCAAGCUGGAGCGGCUGAGGUGGUCGAAUCGGGAGAGACCAUUACAGCGGCUUCUGGCGAAGGUGAUGACAUGGAGCUGACGCAGGAAGUUGUCAAGUCUACCUCUGCGCCUCAAAGCCCCAGUUCGGGCGAGCCGUUGGCGUCAACACUCAAGCAUAUGGUGCCAAUCCCAUCGCUGCUUCGCGGCACACUGCGCUCGUAUCAGCAUGCCGGACUGGAUUGGUUGGCCUCACUGCACCGCAACGGCACCAAUGGUAUCCUUGCCGAUGAGAUGGGUUUAGGCAAGACUAUCCAGACCAUUGCACUUCUGGCACACUUAGCCGAAGAGAAACAGAUCUGGGAUCCGCACCUCGUUAUCGUACCCACAUCUGUCGUCCUCAACUGGGUGAACGAGUUCCAUAAAUUCUUGCCUGGCUUCCGUGUACUGGCCUAUUUUGGCUCGCAAGAAGAACGUGCCAUCAAGCGACGCGGGUGGACGAACGACCCACACCACGAAGACAGGGACAAACGUGGAUACAAUGUCAUCGUCACCAGCUACAAUGUCGCUAUGGCUGAUAUCAACGCCAUCCGCAAUCUCAAGUGGCAUUACCUUGUCCUCGACGAGGCCCACAACAUCCGUAACUUCCAGAGUCAGCGGUGGCAGCUUCUGAUUAGGCUGAAGACAAAAGCUAGGCUGUUGCUUACGGGAACACCUUUGCAGAACUCACUUACGGAGCUCUGGUCGCUCUUGACCUUCCUUACCGCUGGAGACGAUGAUCCAGCUCAUGGUGAUCUGGAAGAGUUUCUGUCGCAUUGGAAGGAGCCGGUGAAGGAGAUUUUCGACCGUGGCGUCACCUCCUUGUCAAACGAAGCCCAGAAAGUCGUCGACCAGCUUCAUGUAUCUCUCCGACCAUUCCUGCUCCGACGUCUCAAGAACGAGGUCGAAAAGGAUUUGCCGAAGAAGACGGAGAGUGUGGUUGUGUGUAAGUUGAGUAAGAGGCAGCGGGAGCUGUAUCAAGAGUACAUGAGUCUGGCCAGUACGAGGGAGAGUUUGACGAAGGGCAAUGCUGUCAGUGCUGGGAGAGUUCUGUUGAGUCUGAGGCGGGUGUGCAAUCAUCCCGACUUGUUCGAUCCGAGGACUAUUGAUACGAGUUUCGCGCUGGAUAACUCGCCUGCUGAGGGUUUCGCUGUCAAGGAGAAUCUCAUUAGAAGAUUGCUUGGGGAGGAAGCGGCGAGUGCGACGGGGCUGAUCGUGACCUCCUUUGAGGGUCGUGGUAAAGCUUCACUGAAGCGUGCACGACAGCUGGAUGCAUCAGGUCAACUUCGUCUGCAAGCUCAGAAGCUUGAACAAGCUCCGACAGCAGCGCCGGAUACCUUCUCGAUUUCAGGCUCUCUGGCUCUCAAGAAACAUCAAAGUCGCCAGAGCAAAAUACAGCAGCUUCGCAACAGCAUACAAGCGACCACCACAAGUUUCGGCCAUUCACCAAUUUAUGGUUCUGACCUCCGGGAGCUUCUGACGGUCAAGUUGGGCAAGCCGUACGUCGUGAAACAUCUUCGUAGAAGACCGCAGGAAAACACAAAGCAUAUGCGCGCUUGGCCUGCUGUUGGGUCACGGCCACUCAGUCUUGAACACCGUUCCGACUUUGUGAUGGCACAUUGCACGAGCCUUCAGCAAGAUGUUAUGAGCCUCAAAGGCUAUAGCGAGAAGAUGCAUGCACUCAUCACCCGAUUUGCUUUCGUUCCGCCCAAGGCGACCGCGCCGCUGCUUGAGCAAGUCAUUCCGUCUCGAUCGCAAGAGCAGCUCCGCACGAGUGAAGUCUACCCGGCCGAUCUCGAUUUUGCGCAUGAAUCACGAGUGCGGACGACUAUUGCCUUUCCCGAUUCGAAGCUUCUCAUCUACGAUUCUGGCAAACUUCAGCGACUGGCGGUACUGCUACGAGACUUGCAGUCGCGCGGCUCUCGAAGUCUCAUCUUCACCCAGAUGACUUUCACCCUCGAUAUCCUGGAACGCUUCCUCAACCUACUGAACCUUCCAUACCUACGCCUAGACGGUCAAACGCCUACGGAACGCCGCAUGCUUUACUCCUCCGAAUUCAAUCGACCUGAUUCGAAGUACCAGUGCAUGAUCCUGUCCUCUCGUGCUGGAGGUGUGGGCCUAAACCUGACGGGCGCUUCUUCAGUGAUCUUCUACGAUCUAGACUGGAACCCUCAGAUGGAUCGUCAAUGCAUGGACCGUGCGCAUCGAAUCGGUCAAGUACGCGAUGUGGAGGUCUACAAGAUGGUCAGUGAGAAAACUGUCGAGGAGAAUAUUCUGAGGCGUGCGAAUCAGAAAAGCUUGCUUGAUCAGGCGGUCAUCCAGGAGGGUCACUUCACCACUGAGUAUCAACGCGAGCCUGCUGGCCCUGCGGAUGGGACGGAAGCGGACCAAGACGAUGUCUCAGCUGCUAUUGAGCGAUUCCUCGGCGUCAGUGACAAGUCUGCUAAUCAGGCCAUUGCUUCUGUUGAGGAUGUCGAAGACGUCAAGGCUGCGGAGGCUGCGAGGAAGGAAGAGAAUCAAGAUGCCGAGGAGUUUGUAGAGAGGUUGACCCAAGGCCACUCGGCUGCUCCAGCUAUUCCCGGGCCGGGAGCUCUUACAGGUGCUGGGGAGGACGAGGACAGGAAGGGACAUAUUGAUGGGUGGAUGGUGGAGAUCAUGGAGAAGCUGUUGAAGGAUGUGCCGUUCGUGCCGCCGGUGGGAAGGAAGUUGGAUAAGCAUGGUAGGGAUCCUAGUCAUCGUCCGAAAAGGAAGCGGGGAUAG